UGUUUGGGUUUAUUCGACGAUAGGUAAGUCAGCCAGACCAUCCAAUCAUUCAACUAUCUCAUCCCAUUCUGCCCGUUACAUUUUGAGUGGGGAGCUUCUAUAGGUACAUUAGCUACCUAGGUAUCUUCAAGAUUUUAGGUAUCCUUAUAUACGCUUCCGAUGUUGGGAGACUUAUACGCCCAAGACCUGAACACUUUUUUUUCCCCAUCUCUCCCUCUCUCCCUCAUCUCCCCUUAUAAAAUCCCGUCGAAGGAAGAUCCCUAUCGACUUGUUGUCGAUUUCUUUCAUAUAGCUAACUCAUCAUAUUUACUUGACAUAGCUAGAAUAUUGGCCCUUCUCUACUUUCCUCCCUUUCGUCUCUUUCCUAUUGACUUCACUCCGACGAUCAUCGCAAAUGGCUUCCGAAAAUGGGGAGAGAGCUCCUCGAGAAGUGAAGAACCAUAUUCUCUUUGAGGUUGCGACUGAGGUGGCACACCGCGUUGGUGGUAUCUACUCUGUCAUCAAGUCAAAGGCUCCCGUCACUACCGCUGAAUAUGGAGAGCGCUACACUCUCAUUGGUCCUCUCAAUCACCAAUCUGCGGCUGUUGAAGUCGAAGAACUCGAACCGACUACCCCCGAACUCGCCAAGAGUAUCGAUGCUAUGAAGAAUCGGGGUAUCGGUAUACUUUACGGAAGAUGGCUCAUUGAGGGAGCUCCUAGAGUACUGCUUAUCGAUACAAAGACUGCAUACAAGUAUCUGGAUGAGUGGAAAGCAGACUUAUGGAACGUUGCUAGUAUCCCGUCUCCGCCAGGCGAUGAUGAAACAAACGAGGCCAUCGUCUUUGGAUACCUGGUCGCAUGGUUUCUAGGAGAGUUUGUCUGCCAUGAGAAGAACAAAGCUGUUAUUGCUCAUUUCCACGAAUGGCUUGCUGGUGUAGCCCUACCUUUGACCAAGAAGAGGCGCAUAGAUGUCACUACCGUCUUCACUACGCACGCAACCCUCUUAGGCCGCUACCUAUGCGCUGGUUCUGUUGAUUUUUACAACAAUCUGCAAUGGUUUGACGUUGACGCUGAAGCCGGAAAGCGUGGGAUCUACCACCGCUACUGCAUAGAACGUGCUGCCACUCACUCUUGCGAUGUUUUUACGACUGUCUCUCACAUCACAGCCUUCGAAAGCGAACACUUACUUAAACGCAAGCCAGAUGGCGUCCUGCCGAACGGGCUUAACGUCACCAAGUUCUCCGCGAUACACGAGUUCCAGAAUCUGCAUCAACAAUCUAAGGAGAAGAUCCACGAUUUCGUCCGUGGACAUUUUUACGGGCACUAUGAUUUCGUCCCCGAAGACACCGUUUACUUCUUUACGGCCGGACGUUACGAGUUCCGGAAUAAAGGUGUCGAUAUGUUUAUCGAGUCUCUUGCUCGUCUCAACCACAGGUUAAAGAGUGCCGGGAGCAAAACCACCGUCGUGGCAUUUAUUAUCAUGCCCGCGCAAACGACGUCGCUGACGGUGGAAGCUCUUAAAGGCCAGGCGGUCAUCAAAUCGCUUCGCGACACGAUUGAGGUGAUUGAGCGGGGGAUAGGUCGUCGUGUCUUCGAGCGGUCACUAAAGUGGCAUGACGGGGAUCCGAUGCCGGACGAAAAGGAACUAAUUACGAGCGCUGACAGAGUUGUCUUGCGCCGCCGCCUCUUUGCCAUGAAAAGGCAUGGUCUCCCUCCUAUUGUUACACACAAUAUGAUCAAUGACCAGGACGACCCUAUUCUUAACCAAAUCCGUCGAGUGCAGCUCUUCAACCACCCUACGGAUCGCGUUAAGAUCAUUUUCCACCCCGAAUUCCUGAACUCGUCGAAUCCGAUCCUGCCUUUAGAUUACGACGACUUUGUGCGCGGCACAAACCUGGGCGUGUUCGCCUCUUACUACGAACCGUGGGGUUACACGCCUGCUGAGUGUACAGUCAUGGGUGUUCCAAGCAUCACCACCAACCUGUCUGGCUUUGGCUGCUAUAUGGAGGAAUUGAUUGAGAAUUCGGCCGACUAUGGCAUCUACAUCGUUGACCGACGAAACAAAGGUGUCGAUGACUCGGUCAACCAGCUAACCUCCCAUAUGUUUGAGUUCUGCCAGAAAAGCCGGCGUCAACGAAUCAAUCAGCGAAAUCGGACUGAGAGACUUAGUGACCUGCUAGAUUGGAAGAGGAUGGGUAUGGAAUACGUCAAAGCUCGACAAUUAGCUCUGCGGCGGGCGUACCCGACCUCAUUUUCUGGUGAUGAGGAGGACGACUUCAUACCGGGUGUUGAGCAGAAGAUCUCCCGACCCUUCUCAGUCCCAGGCUCCCCUCGCGACCGUACUGGCAUGAUGACUCCUGGAGACUUCGCAAGCCUGCAAGAGGGGAGAGAAGGACUGAGCACGGAAGAUUAUGUGGCAUGGAAGCUACCAGAAGAGGAAGAUCCCGAGGAAUAUCCGUUUCCCCUAACGCUACGAACGAAGAAAGCAAAUUUCUCCGGGCCGGCAUCUCCUCUCGACGGCGUCCAAAUCAACGGGACUCAGUAGGGAUAGACGACUAUCGUUUAUUUCUCGGUGAUGCAGGUUAGAAAAAGUGUGUAGGUAGCUCGAGUGAUGGGAAAGCUGGUAAGGUCCGAUGGAGUCGCGCUUUGACGAUAUGGACCUAGUUGUGAUGGGCACAAGCGAGGGUAGUAGUUGCAUAGGUAUAUAUCAUCUUGGUUUAGGGGUCGUCCGGCAACACGGAAAAAACCAGGGGUUUUUCGUUCUACGUUGAUCGCAUAGCAACGCAUUAGCUGGCAGUUAUUAACAUUUUAUACUUUUCUAAGUUCGCCUCCUUACGAACACUACCAUUGUAAUAUGUAUCUCAGCUAUGAAUAUAUGUAUAAUAGACGCGCAUGUUUCAUGUUAACAUCAAGAGUUGGGCUACUAGGUCCUAAGUAGACAAAUAGGGGCGGGGGAGGGUGUCGUAGUGUGUCGAGGCGGCUAUUAAUAAUUGAAGGCAUUGCAAUCAAUAUGUACUUACAUUAGGUAGGUACCUAUAUUAGGUAUGUACGUAUGUACAUACAUACCUACGUAGGUACACAAGUACGUUAGUUGGUGGGUAAGCUCAAACGAUUGGGUCAAAUGCAAUACCAAGAUAUUAUAUUUUCA